UCCUACUCGGUUUGAAGGUGUCGUUCGACGAGGCGCACCGGAGGAACGACGUGAAAGCCAUUGUCGUAACUGGGACUAAUGGCAAGUUCUCAGGAGGUUUCGACAUCUCGGCGAUUGUUGCAGUCCAGGAAAAUGGGAACAUGGACUCGAUGGUCAGGCCGUCAGUCCCACUCUUCGUGGAGACCAUUGAAGGUGGUUCAAAGCCAGUCGUGGCGGCCGUUGAGGGUCUUGCUCUAGGCGGUGGCUUGGAGCUUGCACUGUCGUGUCAUGCAAGAAUCGCUGCACCCAAGGCUCAGCUGGGGCUUCCAGAGCUGCAGCUCGGCAUCAUUCCUGGAUUCGGAGGCACACAGCGUUUGCCUCGCCUGGUUGGCCUGCAAAAGGCAAUCGAAAUGAUCCUGAUGUCCAAGCCUAUCACGUCUGAAGCGGGACUCAAAGCCGGUCUGGUUGAUCAGAUUGUUCCAAGCAAUGCCCUGCUGACCACCGCCAAGGCGUGGGCUCUGGAUAUUGCCAGCGGCAGGAAACCAUGGCUGAAGACGCUGGAGAGGAACGAUAGGAUUGAGAGCCUGGGCGAGGCUCGAGCCAUUUUCAAGUUCGCCAGGGCUCAGGCGGUUCAGACGGCUCCUAACCUGACUCAUCCGCUGCGGUGCCUGGACGCCAUGGAGUAUGGCGUCACCCAUGGAGGGUACGCCGGCAAUCUCAAGGAAGAGGAGGUCUUUUUGGAACUUGUGCUUGCUGACACCGCCAAGUCCCUGACACAUAUCUUUUUCGCCCAGAGGCAAACCACUGAGAUUCCUGGAGUCACAGACCGCGGUUUAAAGCCUCGACCCCUUCGCAAGGUGGCAGUGAUUGGAGGGGGGUUGAUGGGUUCUGGGAUCGUCACCGCGCUCAUCACGGCCAAGAUUCAAGUCAUCCUCAAGGAGGCUGUGAUUGAGAGCAUCCCAUUGAAGCAGCAGAUCUUCCAGGACCUGGAGAGGGUGUGCAAGCCUGCAUGCAUCCUCUCGUCCAACACGUCAACCAUCGAUCUCAACGUUGUUGGCGCCAAGACUCGCUCCCAGGAUCGCAUCAUCGGCGCACACUUCUUCAGCCCUGCGCACGUGAUGCCGCUGCUAGAGGUGGUUCGCACAGACAAAACUUCCCCGCAGGCCAUCCUUGACCUCAUCACUCUGGGGAAGAACAUCAAGAAGACGCCCGUGGUGGUGGGCAACUGCACAGGAUUUGCUGUCAACCGUGUCUUCUUCCCCUACACCAUGGCCGCCUGCCUGCUCGUGGACCUGGGGGUAGACCUGUACCGGAUUGAUCGGGUCAUCAAGGCCUUCGGCAUGCCCAUGGGACCCUUCAGGCUGGCUGAUCUGGUGGGAAUGCAAGUGGGGCAGGCAGUGGGGACGCAGUUCGUCACUGCCUUCCCUGAGCGGGCCUACAAGGCUGCACUCAUCCCGCUCCUGGUUGAGGCCAAACGUUUUGGGGAGAAGUCAGGCAAGGGCUUCUAUCUCUACGACAGCAACAGGCGGCAGCGCCCGGACCCGGCGAUCAAGGAGUUUGUGGAGCAGGCAGGGAAGUACAACAACAUCAAGGCGGGCGGCAAGCCCGUGGCAGUAUCUGACAGGGACAUCGUGGAGAUGAUCUUCUUCCCCGUGGUGAACGAGGCGUGCCGUGUGCUGGACGAGGGCAUCGUGGCCUACGGAGGCUUCUUCAAGCCUUGCAACUACUUGCUUGAGCGAGCAGCUCGAGGCGUCAAGCUGGGAGCACCGAAGGGAGCGUCUUCAAUGGCUAAGCUUUAA